AGUCCACUUUGUUAGGAGGAGAGCUGGGGGAUUUAACCGGAGGUCGUGCAGCCUGCUGCAGCCCACGUUAUUUUGGGAAUAAAACAUUAAAGGGAAACCAUGAGAUGGCAUUCAAAGGCAGAGCGGUCGACUCGAAGACCGUGCUCCUCAACCUGCUGCUGUGUCUGCUCAUAUUUUACUCGCUUUUCUACAUGAUCGGGAGCGUCUGCUUUGGUGCCUUCAGAUUGGACCACUUUGACGGACUGAUUCCUUUUGACUUUAAGACCGAACCUACUGAAUCCAACUCCAAAUACUUGGUGAACCUCCUGUCCUUGGAGCUCACCUAUUUUUGCAGUGGCCUUCUGUUUGCCGCAGUGGUGAGGAGGCGGGUUUGGGACUACGCUCUCACUGUCACACUGGUGCAUGUAAUCAUCACCAGCCUAGUAAUGUUGGAGUUUCCUACCGUGUGGCAAUGGUGGCUGGCUUUAGGCAGUGGCUUGUUUCUGAUGAUUUGCAACGGUCAGUUGAUUGCUUACUUCACAUGCCAGAGUGAGCAGAGCUAUGCCUCCUUCAGCAUCUACUGACAGACUGAAAGCCACCCUCCCUGUGUCCAAACUGUUCCACAGUCUUGUGAAGUGAGGUAGAAAGGAUCAGAACAGAUGCUCUCCUUUUUUCUCUUUUUUUUUGAGGGGAAGACACCCAUUAGGUUCUCCACGGUGAUGGGCUUUUUCUGUUCAUCACUAAAAUUAGACACCAAAACACCACACGUGAAGUCGGAGCUGGGGUCCAAUUUGUGUUUUAGUGUUGCCAAUAGGCUGGCAUCCUGUUGUUUUUUUUAAUCUAAACGCCGCAUGGAGAUGCUUUCUGUAUUUUGCUCUGUCACUAUGCAGCAAUAAAGCAGCCAGUGAAGUAUUUUGAGUGCACUUGUAAGCUGUGAAUGUAAUGGUAGAAUGAGAAUUUUGCAGUACACAUUGUAUAUUUUAAUAUC